AUGGGUGAGGAAGGAGAAAAAGAAAAAGGAGUAAGAAUGAAGAGAUAAUGAUGAUAGAGGGGUAAGAGGGGGUAAAUGAAGAAAAUAGAUGGACCGUAAAUGAUGAUAUAUGGGUUAAUUAAAUUAAAUUUGGGGGGAGACAGAGAAAGAGAGAGAGAGGUGUCUAGGGUUUGAUUGAUCGAUUGAGAUUUGGGAUUUUAUUAAACAUAAUAACAAAAAGAGGGGGGAUGGCAGGAAAUGGAAUGCACCACCAGUACCAUCCUCAUCAGUGGCCCCCUGGUGGGGCAGGUCCAGCGGUGGUGGCACCACAGUCUCCGAUGAUGGACAAGGGCGGGGGUGGGGAAGAGGUGGUGAGGACGAUAUUUAUAACAGGACUACCGGAAGACGUAAAAGAAAGAGAAGUGGCCAACUUGUUGAGAUGGUUGCCUGGAUAUGAAGCCUCGCAGGUUAAUUUCAAACAGCAACAACUCCCCAUGGGUUUUGCUCUUUUCUCUUCCCCUCAUUUUGCAGUUGCCGCCAGAGACGCUCUCCAGGAUUUGCUCUUCGAUGCCGAUUCCAACUCUGUCCUUCACACCGAAAUGGCCAAGAAAAAUCUCUUUGUCAAACGGGGAAUAGUAGCCGAUCCAAAUUCUGCUUCUUCUUUUGAUCAAAGCAAACGUAUGCGAACAGGCGGAGACUAUACUUUCUCCCCUUUUCAUCCCCCACCUGUUUGGGCUCCCCACGGGUAUAUGGCCCCGCCCCCGCCCCCGUAUGACCCUUACGCAGGCUAUCCUGUUUCUCAAGUACCCAUGGCUCCUCCUCCCCUUCCCCCUCCUCCUGUUGUACCUGCACCCAGCACUUAUAUGCCAGUUCAGAACACAAAAGAUAAUCCUCCUUGCAAUACCUUGUUUAUUGGAAAUCUUGGGGAGAAAAUAAACGAAGAAGAGCUAAGAGGAAUUUUCAGCUUACAACCUGGUUUUAAGCAGAUGAAGGUUUUGCGCCAGGAAAGACACACUGUUUGCUUUAUUGAAUUCGAAGAUGUGAACAGUGCAACAAACGUGCACCAUAGCUUGCAAGGCGCUGUUAUCCCUAGUUCUGGUUCCAUUGGCAUGAGAAUACAAUAUUCGAAGAACCCGUUUGGAAGAAGGAAGGAUGCUGGCUACCCAGGAUCAAAUGGAUCAAUGUCAGCUAUCAGCUACCAGUAGCUGGAAGGGAAUGUACUCUGUUCUCUAAGCUAUGUCAUAAAAGAACAUACUACUCAUAGGAUGCAUAUUGUUGCUGGGCAUGCAUCCAUUAUAUCAUGAAGUCAUGAGCAAUGCAUUAGUAUCACUUGCAUGUAAUUGCGGAGAGUUCUUGUGAGCAUAUAGUUCAUCUAUGUUAUAGUGUAUCCAAGACAUGCAUUUUAAGCAUCAUAUCAGUAUGCUGUGUUUACUUAUUUUCGAGUGGAUAUGUUAAUGUUGUUGCAUCAGUUUGAAACUUUA